AUGCAAAAUAUUCUAACAGAUAAACUAGAAAUUGAAAAAUUAUUGGAAGAAACUAAGGAUUAUGAUGAAAAGUUUUUGAAUAAAUUAAGAUAUUUAUUAAUAUAUUCUGGUCUCCCACCAAGUAGUACAAAAGCAUAUCAAACACUAAGGUCCAAUGUUUGGAUUUUCUUAAAUCAGACCCCAAUGGAUGGAGCCACAAAUGAUUAUUCAUCACUGUUGAAACAUUGCCCACCAUCUGAAAGUAUCUUUGAACACGUAGCAUCUACAAUAACAAAAACAUUCAAUAAUACAAGACUACCAAAGAGAGUAUCUGAAAAUUCCAUUGCAAGAAUUAUAUGUUGCUAUAUUAUUGAAAUGGAGGAAGAAAAAAAAACGGACUGUGUAGAUUAUAACCGUGAACCUCGAUUUGAGACAGAGCAAUUUACUUCCAACAUGUUGUUAAUUACAGUGCCUUUACUUGCCACUUUUUUUGCAGAACCUAUGGCUUUUAGAAUGUUUUCAGUAUUAUGCCAUUCAACAAUGCCUUGCUACUUUCAAAAAAACUCACCAGGGGUUCGAAAUGGUACACAGUUAUUAAAAAUAUGUCUUCAUAGUAUUGAUCCGCAAUACGCUGAGUAUUUUCAGAACAGCCCAUAUCCUUUAGAGUGUUAUACUUCUUUAUGUAUAACUACCUUUUGUUCAUGCUUAAAUCCAAAAUAUGAGGUGUGUAUCUUAUGGGAUUUUAUGUUUGCAUUUGGGUUUCAUUUAAAUAUUCUGUUUGUAGUGACGUUAUUAAUCCAAUUAAAAGAUGAUAUUAUUCAUAAUAAAAUACCUCCUCAUUUUAUUAGUGAAAUUAAUAAUUUUUCUGCAGUUAAUUUAUUCCGUUCAAGUUCAAGAUAUAUAGCUUAUUUACCUGAGGGAGUAUAUGAAUUAUUAGUUAGACAUUUGAGAGAACCAAUCAUAUUUUAA